AUAGGCAAAACUGUAAGUUGUUGUUCACCAUUUCAACAUAUCACGUUCAAUAGAAUUCGUCGCAAAAGUAUGGAACGUUGGCAAAAUCGCGUAGCUGUUGUCACCGGCGCUAGUUCUGGUAUCGGUGCGGCUUGUGUGAAAUAUCUCGCCAAUAAUGGAAUGGUUGUAGUUGGUCUGGCACGACGCAAGGAGCGCAUUGACGCACUGAAGGAUCAAGUAGAACCAUCAGCGCGCGAUCGCGUCCAUGCAAUCAAGUGUGAUUUGCAGGACGAGCAACAGAUUAUUGCCGCAUUCAAAGAAAUCGAGUCCAAGUAUGGACCUGUUGCAGUGCUUGUGAAUAAUGCGGGCAUUGUGCGUGGAAUUAAUCUGGUGGACGAGAACAACUCGCUGGAUAUACGUGCUGUCAUAAACACCAAUGUGUUGGGUGUGGCUGAUUGUACCAGGGAGGCUUUCCGUUCCAUGAAAGUCAGUGGGGAUGGCCAUGUCUUUAUUAUCAACAGCAUUGCUGGUCAUUCUGUGCCAAGGAUACCAAAUACUUCUCUUAAUAUUUACCCACCUUCAAAGCACGCUGUAACGGCAAUGACUGAGAUCUAUCGACAAGAAUUUUUCAACCUAAAUACAAAAGUUAAAGUGACGAGCAUAAGUCCUGGCGGGGUUGACACGGAAAUAAUAACCGAAGAAAUGAGAGUGAAUUUGGAAAACGCGCCGCUUUUGAAAAGCGAAGAUGUUGCCGAUGCUUUACUUUAUUGCUUGCAGACGCCACCUCAUGUACAGAUACAUGAGCUGACUAUUAAACCAGUAGGAGAAUUGUUUUAAAUUAAUGCAUUUGUCGAUCUGGUGCGGAGGUUAAUAUUAAAUGUACAUAUUGUAAAAGAAUGAAAAUGUAAAUGAAAGUUCAUAAUAUGUUUGCUGUAAUGAUAAGGAAGUUCCCUUUUUUAACAAUCUAUGUAGAAAUAAAGUUUGCGUUUUUUUGAUAAAACAUACAAUCAUGUACUAAUCAGUGUUAUAUUAAUAAACAAAGACUGAUGUAGAUUGCAGAAUUUCUUUCAA